AUGCCCCUCCUCGUGAAUCCCUUCAGGCAACAGGACCACUCGUCCUUCCCUGGCGUCGUGGUGCCCCUGGCACAGGCCCCGCGCCACCGGAAAUUCUCCCGUUCGAACCCCAACCCCAACCCUGGAGACGGCGAUAAGGCGGACAAUGUGGCAGAGAAGGGCUCAUCGUCUUCCCUGAGUGACCGGCAGUACUCCGGGUGGACCGUGGAGGCCAUCAGGGCUGAGGUGGAGAGCGAUGCAGCCACGUCGGGCAGGGAUACUGCAUAUGACCGGAAAUCGAAAGUCAUCAACUUGGCCAUCCAGGAUAUUGGGAUGGGGAAGUAUCAAUGGCAGCUGUUUGUGCUCUGUGGGUUUGGUUGGCUGGCGGAUAAGUGCGUAUAUUUCAGGGGAUUAAAGAUAUCCAUCCAGGUAGCUGACUGCCCAACCUUUUUGUUGCAGGGUGUUGCUUUGACCUUGCCUAGUCUCUCGGCGGAAUUUGGCAUUGACGCUUCAUACGUCCGCUUCACCACUUGCUCUCUGUUUGUUGGCCUGUGUGUCGGCGCCGUGUUCUGGGGCACUGCGUCGGAUAUGAUCGGUCGCCGUCUCGCCUUCAACCUGACCCUUCUCAUCACUGGCGUUUUUGGGCUUGCGGCGGGUGGCAGCCCAACUUGGGUUGGGGUCUGUUCAAUGUUCGCAUGCCUGGGCUUGGGAGUCGGUGGUAAUCUUCCAGUCGAUGGCGCGCUGUUUUUGGAAUUCCUGCCCUUUGCGUCAGGAAAUCUUCUGACGAUGUUGAGUAUCUGGUGGCCCGUUGGGACCCUUGUUGGAAGCAUGAUCGCCUGGGGCCUCAUCCCAAAUUUCUCCUGCGACCCGUCCGCGGUACUUUGCACGAAGGAAAACAACAUGGGAUGGCGAUAUCUAGUCAUCACGCUGGGCGGGCUGACAUUCGUCAUGUUCCUGUGCCGAUUCUUCCUGUUCCACCUCUACGAGUCGCCCAAGUUCCUGCUCUCCCGGGGCCGCCAGGACGAUGCCGUAGCCACGGUCCAUGCUAUAGCGUACAAGAACGGAGCCAAGACAUGGCUGACUUCUGAGAUCUUGAACGAGAUUGGCGGCUACCCCGAGGAAAUCCCCGCUGAGGAGCGGAAGCUGUCGAGUGCGGAGGUUAUCAAGCGGCAGCUCGCAAAGUUUUCUGGGCAGCGUAUUGCGCCGCUUUUUGCGACUAAGAAGCUUGGGUUUACGACUGUUCUCCUUUGGAUCUGUUGGGCCACCAUUGGCAUGGGAUACCCCCUUUUCAAUGCCUUUCUGCCCCAAUACCUGGGGAAUAACGGAGAAACACCCGUCUCGAUUGUCUACCGCAACUACGCCAUAACCGCCGUCGUCGGCGUCCCCGGCUCCAUCCUGGCCUGCUACACCGUCGAUAUCCCCUACAUCGGCCGCAAGGGCACCAUGGCCAUCUCCACCGCGCUCACCGCCGUGACGCUCUUCUGCUUCACCAUCUCCACCGACCCGGACGUCCAGCUCGCCUGCUCGUCCCUGGAGGCCUUCUUCCAGAACAUCAUGUACGGCGUGCUGUACGCGUACACGCCCGAAGUGUUCCCCGCGCCCAACCGCGGCACCGGCACGGGCAUCGCGAGUUGCCUGAACCGCAUCUGCGGCCUGCUGGCGCCCAUCGUUGCCAUCUACGGCGGAAGCGCAAAUCCCAAGGCCCCGGUCUAUGCGUCUGGCGGGCUUAUGCUGGCGGCGUUUGUGGCGAUGGUGCUGUUGCCUAUUGAGACGCGGGGGCGGGCGAGUUUGUAG